AUGAGUGUGCCAGCAUCCUCUCUCGGCGCAAUUUGGCCGAGCCUCAUGUUUCUGCGGAACGAUCGAGACCUGCCCGCUGUAGAGGAAUUGCAGAAGCAGAAGGAAAACCUCGUACCCGACCGAAUUCACUGGAAUCACAAGGGAGCUUGCUGCGCUUCCGGCAGCCCCCCUCGGAGAAGUCGUCGACGAGGAGGAAGGUGAGAAAGCACCUCCCCGCUGGUAGUGACCGUGGUCAUGAAAGAGGGCGGCGCUGCCAGGGAAGGGGCUGUCCGCCCCGCAGAAAAACUUGCGGAAGAAGAGAGAGCGGGCGGCGAGGAUGCAGCGGUGGGCGUGGACGAGGCGGCCCUCUACGCUGAAGGUGACGUCGCUGAAAGCCUGCCCAUUGAUCAACAGGUUCAAGUAGUCGAGCGACAGGGACUUGAGCGACUCCUCCAGGCUCAUCUUUUUUUUAUCCGAUUCUCUCUCUCUCACACACUCUCUCUCUCUCUAUAUCUUUCUCCCCUCUCUCUUCCUCCCUCUCUUAACUGCUACUGCUACUAUCACUUUUAUUCGCUCUCCCUCUCUCUCUCUCUCUCUCUCUCGCUCCGUCUAUUUUACCGUGGCCACAACAGCAGCCUUCCACAAUCGACACAGUAGGCACUGCCGCAAAAGAAAAGACGGAGAAGGAGAUGAUGUGACGAUGAUGAUCAGGGGUGCGACGAAGAGCCAGCAAUUGUGCCGAGAGGUUGUAGUGGGGAAAGGGUGAUGGGAUGAGGGUAGGUUUCCCUACUCUCCUUUUCUUUUCCUGCUCCUCCGCUCUCCGCCUCAGUCCGCUCCUCUUCUCCACUGUUGCUGCAAGUUUGUUCUGAAAGCUCUUGUUCAUCUGGCUCUCAUCCUGCAGCUUCUGAUGAUGGAUGGGAUUGUGUGGCUCGGCAAAUUUUUUCCUUCUGUCCUCUGGAGAGGAGAGAGAAAACAGAGAGAGAGAGAGAGAGAGAGUCUAAGAGAGAGGGGGAAUGGGGUUGAUAGUGGAAAGACGAAGCAAUUUGGAUGGCUAGGAUGGGCGGUGGGACAUAUAAAUAAUAGAGGAGAGAUAAGGACGCCGGGAUUUGACGUCUGAGAAAGACAACCGCUGUGAUGUCUAAGAGAGAGCAUCCCAAAUGCUCAAAACGAAAUUACGAUAUUACUAUCUUUCAAACUUCGCCGGGCUGGCUCAUUUUAGUCAUCAUGAACUACAUACAUCGACACAUAUUACAUCAUAAAAUAUUUUCAUUUAGAUAUGGCAAAUCAAUGUGAGGAAAGCUCCCUGCUUUCGAUACGUUACGUUGGGAUACCGACACACUAGCAACGUUUAUAUUGAAUUUAGGGAGGGAAGCCGAAAGAGUCUGCCGCUAAUGCACGAUUGGAAAAGGGUUGCACAGAUGUGCUUACAGUCCUGUAACAUCAUUCUAUUAGUAGUUAGAAAGUCUCCAUCAGUAUUUCCCGAGGAGUUCCAGUUAACAGUCAAAUCUAGUAAAAGAUGAAGCCCGUUGAUAUUCCAUCAUAGACUCAUGAAAUCAAUGAGUUGGGAAGAGUUUUGACUUUCAUGGUUUAUUAAUUUCCCCUCGUCUGUUGGAUUUUCAGUGUCUCUAGCGACUUCUAAACCCUACUUGGCACAUUCCAUGAUGGCUUCGCUAUUGACAUCGUUGAGAAGCUUCAGGAGAUUCCUAUGGUAUUGGAUUCAACCCUCUCUAUCUAAGCGUAAUAGCGGCUGAUGAUCUGUGAGAUAAAGGUGAGGUCGCAUCUGUUCUGCCUCCAUCCUCAGUGUAAUACUUCAACUAUUAUACUACUGUAUCAAAAGUGUUCGAAUUUUAUAAAGGAGGGGACCUACACAAGGAUUGGGCUUCCUGUUUCAAAUAUUUUAUACUGUUCCCCGAGUUUUACCAAGGAUUGACUGGUUUUCUAACAGGGUGGGGGGAGAGGAUGGAGUUAGCGGAGAUCACUCUAGACCUGCCUUAUCUUUGUGUUUUCUCUUCCUCACGAUGACUGUAUCAAGUUGAGAUGGAGGCAUGGCUGGUGACCCUUCGGCGCUGAUGAUGGCGAUGCCCAACGAUGAACCGACAAAGGCAGCCGGUAUUGGCGGAGGGGGUGGGGUGCGAGGGAGAGGACGUUCUUAAAAAAUCAGAUGCUACUGUUGAUCUGUAUCGCGCACAGUGUUCACAUUGAGUUCGCCCUACGCCCUACUCCUUUGGUUCAAGGCCAGGGUUGCAUGCAUUCCAUACGGCCUGUCGGGUUUACUCCAGGAGGCAGCAAUAGAAAGUGAAGAGAGGAGAGAGGAGAGAGGGGGGAGGGGGGAGAGAGAGAGAGAGAGCGAGAGAGAGAUAGAGAGAGAGGAGGAAGAGGGAGAGGAGGAAGGGAGAGAAACACUCCAUGAAACGAAGCGGUAAGCCCUUGACAGUGUAAACAAAGCUGUGAAAGAGCCAGAUCUUCUCCUAUUCGGCCUGUCUCUCACUCCAUGUCCAAGGUGAUAUAUUGGGAAGAAAAGCUGAAGAACAUGAGCGAGAAGAUGAAAGCUUAUCUCCUGGUAGCUACACAAAUUCUACUUCUAAUCACCUCGGCAGCUGGAAUGAGGUGUCUCAGUCAGCUCCCACAAUCACGCUCAUCUCCCCUCCCCUCCCCUCCCCUCCCUUUUCUUGGUUUGUGCUUCUCUCCCACUCGUUGUUUCCUCGAAAUAGAAGGUUCGGUUUCUCAAAGAGAUAGCUGUUAUGCUCCGAUCGUAUGCUAUUUGAAGGCACACUUGAUGUAAUUCCUAGAACAUGAGGCCAGACGGGGACAAGGUGAGUGAAGAGAUUAGAUACAUGGUUGCGAAACGGGACUGUAAGUAGAGAGAGAGAGCGUGAGGGAUUGGAGCGCAGGAGGGGUCGUCCACCGCGCAUCGAGGACGGCGCCGUCCCGGGGGGCCAAAUCGCUUGGCCUCUCUCCUCACUUCUCUCUUCUUCUUCUUCUUCUUCUUCUUCUUAGAAAUGCAUCCCGCCGCUUCUCCAUCGUACGUGUCUGCAGACGGCCGCUGCAGAGAGCUCCUGGUGUUUCCUGGUGUUGUCGAGUUCUGGGGAGCGGCGCCAGGCCCUUGGGACAGAGAAUGGUGAACGCCGCGCCAUGCAUCGCUCCGAAGCCGGGCAGACUGGCCCUGCCACUACCCCAUGCAGCCUGAAAAGACGGCGAGUGAGACUGUUUGUGCCAGAGAAAGAGAGGACUGGACGAUACUAGUAGAGCGGGGGCAGAGCAUGCCCUACAUUACCGCGUAAAGCGGUCGGCUGGCACGUGCGAUUGUAGUACGAACUGGGUGUCUUGAAGCAGACGGGGACAGAGGGAAGAGAGAGACAGAGGGAGAAGUAGAUAGGGUGGCGGAGUGGGCCCAUUCAUUCACUCAUUUCCGUCUUCUUCCUCCCGCUCGUCCCCCGCUCUACUGCCUCCCUAGCUGCAACCUCCGCCGCUCUCCUCGGCCCCCGUUCUCUCUCUCUCGUUCUCACCCUAGUUUGUUUCCUAGAGACACGAUAUCCCGGCGAUUGACACAACACUGACUGUCUUAUGAUUUGAGUCGUUUGAAAAGACGUUUGACUAGUCACUCCCCACCCGAUCCAUCUCUGUUUCCAUACUUUUCAUGCCCCAUCCUUCACCGGCAUCUCUUCAGGCGCUCCCUCUCUCACUACACGUACCACUGUAUAGAGGUCAAUUGGGAGAACACGCAGUCGUGUACAUCACCACCUCCCACCUUGACCAGCUCCGGCUGGCACGCCGCGCCUGGGAAAGGCAAUGAGUCAGUCGUACAGAUCUUGUGCCUGGGCUCUGGCGCGCCGACCGCACCAUGCAUAAAACCUUCGAUACCUAAUGCUGCCGCGCCCGCCUAGUGGACCACGAGGGCCACACAUUCGGGGAGUCGGACAAGCGAACCGGAUGUAUCUCGAGUACUUUGCCAUGGGUUUCACGCAGAAGAAUGAUUAAGAGUGAAUAGAGGACGAGUUUGGCUCUUCCUCGUGGGCUCAAAAUGUAUGACGUUGGUUGUCUGAUGAUUAAUGCGUUACAUCUCAAACGUAUUCUGCUUGAAAGAGAAGAAGCCCUGUAUAUCUGUGGCGACGGAGAACGCGGUGAAAGAUGCAGGAGCUCCGCCAUGGGUCUUAGAACGUUAUAUGCGGCGACGGAGAACGCGACGAAAGAUGCAGGAGCUCCGCCAUGGGUAUUAGAACUUUAUUUGCAGCGACGGAGAACGCGGCGAAAGAUGCAGGAGCUCCGCCAUGGGUAUUAGAACUUUAUCUGCAGCGACGGAGAACGCGACGAAAGAUGCAGGAGCUCCGCCAUGGGUAUUAGAACUUUAUUUGCUGCAACGGAGAACGCGACUGCCGCGGAAGUCAAUCUGAAAGAGAUGAGCGGUAACUGAGAGGGGCACGGCGAAAGCGACCGCUCAUUAACUCGUGCGCUCCAUGGAUCUCCGUUGCUGGAAAACGACUUCAAAAGAGAUGAUCGCUGGGCAACUGGCCCUCGCGAGGAGCAUUUACUACACUGAGCGAUGACUGUUCAACUACCAGUUUCCGGACACUACAGCGUUGCCAGCCAGCAGUGCCUGCAGGACUACGCCAGAGGUCAAGAACUAUACGUCAAGUAAAGGGCAUGAGAGAGAGUGUGAGAGAGAGAGAGAGAGGAAGGAGAGAGGGGGGAGACAGAGGAAAGCCAAUUGAAUAGGUCUGCACCGGUAUUCCUCGGCUCCUACUAUAAAGACAUCAUUUCACGGGUGGCACAGAACUGGUAGGCUGCCUCCCAAUAAAGGAAAAGGAUGGCCAGUGUAGCAGUAAGGGAAUCUGUUAGGUCUGCCUACACUUGUACUUAAAUGACUCAACCUUCACCGUAGACUCAACAUUCAUUAGGCUAUUUUGUUCGUUCUCUCGCUCUAUAUAUAUAUAUCUCUUACUCACCCUCUCUCUUUCUCUCUCUUUCUCUCUCUCUCGUCUAUACAUUCGCAAGCACCGAGGCCAUGGCUAACGCUACACUCCAAGGACGUUCCAUUUCAUGGCAUAACUCAUGCUUUUCCACUUGACACUGAAGAGAUGAGCUGAUCCUAAUUAAGAUUCUCAAAGGAGUAUAAUUAAACCAUCGAUCAAAAUUAGUCCGUUCGACUGUGAUUAUGAUGAUUCAGUUCAAAAUAUUAAAUGAUAUAAAGGAAAUUCUGGCAAAUGUUGAGAAUCCCACAGAUUCCUUGUCAGACUGCGCAUCUUAAUUUCUUGCUGGGUUUAUGUUAAACCCAAGAUAUGAGUAUUAAAAUUAUACCCGUGGAGGUCAACAUCUUAAAAUUACAUCCAUGAAGUGGUUCUCAAAGUCAACGGAGUAAAGAAAGCCUCGGUGUUAGUGAACAGAUGUUGGAAGAACAAAUUAUAUUUUUUAUUGCUCAUGGAUCUCCCCUGACAAAUAAUUGAAAUGAUAACAAAAUCAAGAUUCUUCAUAAUAAUGUUUUCAACAUUUUUCUUAAUAAUGAAAAAAAAUCGGGUCUUUGUUAUUUUUUUUAUUAACAGUUAUUUGAGGUCAGAAAUGUUUCGGACCCCUACAAGUCAUGAAAUUGAAGUCUACCUCUGUCAGGCUGACUGCACCCUCGAUUUCCUGUGUCAGGUAGGCCAUCCGCCACUCAUUUCUCGGAAGUCGUUCGACCUAUCUGGCAGUUGGGUUGAAAAAAAUAAAAGCGGUUCAAGAAGAUACAUCAGCCUACCUAUGCAGAACGGUCAAUCCGCCGCUGUCCUGCAACAAAAGAUGAGCAAUGAAUUCAUUAUUUAAUCUAGUAUCUCUGUCUGAGGGUUCUGCGGCGGACGACUUGAGAAGAUCAAUAAGAGACGCCCGGGGGAAUGUGAGUUAGGGGUCUUUGAAACGUGUUUCUGUCAUCUGGUGAUCGAAAUCCGACGUCUUUACGACCUCAUGAAUCUUCAAAUGAACUAAUGACCUUCUUUUGAUGUUUCCAGAACAUUUGUUUAUUAUAGCGUAGACUACACCAGGUACAUCAUGAGGUGAUUCUAUAGAACGAUCACGACUAAGAGAAAAAUGAGUUCAUAUUAUCGGAUCCUAAGUAUCAUUAUCAUGUUUGGUAUAUUUCAAAAUCUAGCGAAGUUUCCUCUUAAAUCAGACAGCAUCUGGUAAGUUUAUUCAAACAUCGUACGUCUCGUCAGUUUUGUUUGUAAAUAUUUAACUUACCUAAUAAUAUAAUCACGGCCUUCUCAAGAUUUCGGUUAAGAUUCAACUUUCAUACAUCUUCCGGGGUUGACAAUAUCAAUACCCACGGUUAUAAAAUGGAGGUGGCGGUGACAGUGACCUUAAAUACUAGGUAUGGAAGUAAAACUCCUUUAGACCAGGUCAUGGUAAGAUGUAUUGAUUCCAUCUGUAGCCAAGAGAUGGGAAAGUACACAUACAAGAGAUAGAUGAUACACAACUCUUUUGUCGAUCACUGUUCAAUGUUGGUAUUUAUUCAACAUUCCAAACUCAGUGGUUCUUUAUUCCAACAGUCUGUCAUUGAUAAAUGUCCACGAUAUGAACCAUAUGUACUGAUUAUUGACCGCUUGCGGCAUAACUUUUUGUUGAUUUUUUAUUUCAUGAUGAUAAGCGACGGGGGCCUUAAAGUCAAGCCAAUCGCAUAAAAUGAACAGUGUAACACUGGUUCCAAAUGAAACGUGUUUAUCCAACUUAUAUUUUUAACAUUAUAGGUCUGUCUCAACACAACAAUAGUUCCGUUCAUCUGCCCCGUGGACAGAAAUUAUCUGGGUUUACGUAAAUUAACACAUUCGCCGGAUCCCACAUAUUGGUCUAUUUAGUUACCACUGGUAAUCCUAAUGCGGAGUCUUUGAUGAGGGAUCCUAAAAGUUGUCUUCAUUCUCUGACAAUAAAACUUAUGGAAUCCGAGACUAUCACCCAAUGAUCUCUGUUAGAGACUACUGCCUCAAGAAAAGUACCUUCACGUACCUUCCUUUUCUUCACUUAGCGCCAGUCUCUUUCGGAGAUUUCCUCACCUUUGGUCUCUUUCGGUCAUCUUACAUUCAUCUUGCGUAGAUUUUAUCGUUGUUUUCUUAUCUUCUUCGCCUCAUAUGUUUCACUGAGAUGGGCUAUACUAAUUCUGCCUCUGCGUAUGCCUAUAGUUGAUCUCAGUCACCUUGUCCUUGGCCCCCUCUUCCUGACAGACCAGCUGCAACGAUAAUUGUCUUUUGAGUUUGGCAGAAGGCACCUUCUUUUGCAAGCCAAGCCGAAAUUCCCCAAUAAAGCUGCUAGUACCAGGUGAACUCAUAUUGGCCUGGCAGAACUCCCAGCACGAUGGCCUAGUAACUCAAACUCAAAAAUGAUCUGACCUUAUUCAAAAUAAUCCAUUUUAAAUAAAGAAUGCAUCUUAUUAGAUCAAUCAUUUGUUCAACGGUAUCUCUAUCAUUGGACGAGGGAUAUGAGCCCUAUCAAGAUUAGGGAAGAAGUACUGAGAAAAUGCAGCCAUCGAGGUGUUGUAAUACGUGUGGGGAACGAAAGAGGGUUCGCAUGUAACAAACUUGGUGGUCCCAUUCGUGGGUGUUAUUCUUUUUUCCCUAUGCUUUUUCCCGUGUCGAGAUUUUCAACGUGCAACCUUCUGUGAUUUUCUCGGACCUCUUUUCUUUGUACUUACUCCACUUGAUCGUUGCUUUGUGGGAGGGCAUUUAGCAUAUCUCGCAUGGAGAUACAAGUCCAGAUGGGAUCAGCUCUUAUAUAGCUACAAAAUUAUAAAUUAGGGUGUUAGGGCUAUGCGAGCGUGUGCAGAAGGGUGGGAAGAGAUAUUAUCGAGUGAAUCUUAUUAGCCUUAGAAAAAGUAAGUAAAGUUAUAAGUCCACAUUGCUUAACGGAUAAAUAACUGAAGUCAAAGAUUUGCGGUAAGUUAUACACUCCUUAAUUGAGAAGCGAUCAGGCACAAAUAGCUGCACACAGACUAUUGCACGAAUAAUACAUUAACUAGCAUGCUGCAAUGUGUCAGAUAGGCACAUAGGCAUGAAUGGAUGGUACGUGCCGACAACAUAGUAGCUUACCAAAAUACACACAAAUGGGGACCAAAUGGUGAGAGAGAAGAGGGACAAGAGGAAUGAAGAAGGGGAAGAACAGGAGCACUAGGGAAGGAAGUGGCUACAGGCUCUUGAUCAAGCUAGAUAAAAACUUUCGCUAGAUAGAAACUUUCCCCCCAGCUUUCUUUCAAAGCCAUUUACUUGGUGGCUAACAACCCUGGUUUCCAUCUACUAGUUUCUUAAUUACAUUGAAAUAGAGAUUUAUCAGUCUUUAAAUAGUGUGAUUGUUGCAUUAAUAAGAAUUUUAAAAAUGGUGCGAUAAUUAUGAUAAAAAGUUAUGAUCUUCUAAUGAGAGAAAACCCACAAAAUAUCUCUUAAAAUUGAAGUAAUUAGUAAGAGGAAGGAGUUUUUUAAAGUCACAAGAUCACUAGGAUCUACAAAAGCAAUGAUGACAUGCCAUAUGCUUUGCAAACAAUACAUUUUGUCUCAAACUGAAUUGAGUAUAAACCAAUAGCUUUGCUGAAUAUUGUAGAAAUGAAGAUAUCUUCAAAUAUAAAAACAAUUACUAAACACUAGAGUCUCUUAAUAUUGUUGUUAUAUAAAUACAUUAAAAGGAGUGCUUGUAACAAGAGAUAAAAAAAAAUUUAGUGCACUGAUGUCUAAUAUGUAGGGAUAUACUCAUGAAAUCUACUGUGUAUGGGGGAUUUACUAAUCCUAUGAAUUUUAAUUGUAAUUUUCUGGGAGAGAAGAAUGGAAGCUGAGGGUAGGAACACUUGAUAAACUAACAUAGGUGAAGGAAAGUUGAACCACUAGACAAUUGUGUCAAUAUCUCAUUCCUUUUUAGUGUGUGACUAGUGUGUCAACCUAAUUGAGUUAAUCCGACUAGUGUUGACUAUGUGUCAACCCAACCCAACUAGUGUCAACCCAACUAGUAAAUGAGAAAGAAAAACUUAUUAAACACUGAAAAUUAGGAAAAUAUUUUAAAGAGCUAAUUCACCUCAUGCUUGGUAUUCUAUUUAGCCUACUUGAGGGCCAAGAUACAAUAAUUGUCGAUCAUUAACAAAAUUGAAAGAUAUGUGUGACCCUUGGUUUAACUUAAUAAAAAUCUCUGCGAUUUUUAAUGCUUCAACUUUUUAAGUUCUAUUUUUUUAUUCUUCUUUAUAUGAAUUAAGUUGACUUACAUGCAUAUAAUACAUUUAGGGUGUGUCACUAUAGGAAUAAAAUAAGCUACCAUUAUAUCAUGAAGCUAGUCAUUUGAGCACACAAGUAUAUGUUGUUGUCACAGUUUUUAAUUAUGUUUAGACCACCAAAAAAACCAUGGCAAAAAUAUCCCUAUAAAAAGAUCAAACUCUCCAACCUACGACAUGAGGAAAAAUCAUUAUUGAGAACUCAUUUGCACAUUCUCAUGCAAGCAUUCAUGUGGCUUCUCACCAAAAGACAUGUCUACACAUCCAAGCAUAAGAACUUAUGUCAUUAAAAAUUACACAUAUAAUUUGCGAUAGCAUUUAUUUGUCGUAAUAUUUUAUUAGGGUACUUUUACUGCUCAUGCUGACCUAGGGUCAUUAAUGUAGAAGAGAAGAUAUAAAUUCUAAUAUGGUUAACCUUAUGAAGUGAUGAAUCUAAAAAUAGUGUUUCGGGGGAACACUUGGGCAGGUUCGUGCCUUAAAAUCUAUUUGAGGUUAGCAUAGCACAAGCACAUUGUCAUUAAAGAGUCAAGUAGGCCAAGUCAGCUGAAGCAUAAUAAUUUUUGGUUCCACAUAUUGAUAGGAAAUGAUAAUUCAAGAAGGGAAUCAAAAUCCAUCCCCUCUUGA